CUUUUAUCCAGCUGACAAACACAAACAUAUUUUAUUCGUAAGUCCAAAAUUCAACCGGCAUGUUCGAAACUGAAUCAACGAAGAAACAGCCGCCAGUGCGACCAAAAUGCCUCUGCCACCAACCAGAACACAAGGACUGCGCUGAGUGGAACAGGGAGCUACAGGCGGAGUACCACCUCCUGGACAUUGCGGAUGUCACUGACAGCGUCAUGAAGGUUAUGCGGAUCUGCGGUCUCCGUCCCUGGGAGGUCAAGCGGAGCGCUGGGGUCAUCAAGCGAUCUCUGCAGCACUACGAGGAGGUCGUCCAGCGGAUCGACCGAGUGCCACGAAAGCGAUUCGCCAAGGACAGCUUCCUCCACGGGCUGGCCCACGAGGCGCAGAUGUCCCGGAUGGACGCCCAGAUGGCCUACUCCAUUGUAAAGAGAGCAUUCAAGGCCUUCUACUUUGGCACCGGAAUAGAGGGCCGUCGGUACGUUUGCCUGGCGGACAAGAUGACCCACGAGGUGGAGUGCCUCUGGUUGCACGCUGCUCGCCGCACGGCGCAGAUCCACGCCGUCUUGGCCGGGCUCAUGUACUCCGAGGAGCUGCAGUUCGAGGAACGGAUCGAGUGCGUCUACAAAAAUCUAUUCGAUGUGCUGAAGAAGCGAUUUAUCUGGGUGGACAACGUCACCUGUCCCUGUGGACAGCAGACGGUCAACCAUUCACUAGCGCCGUCUAAAACUCCCUCCUCCGCCACGGGCCAAGUGGAGGUGCUCUACGCCAGGUACAAUAUGGCCGUAAGUAGUGCUCCCUCAAAGAUCUCCACUCGCGGAGGGACUCAAAAACCAUCAGCGGCGGUCAGUACAGCCUCAUCCCGACACAAUCACAUGCUGAAGAAGGCCGAUCAGGCUAUUUCCCAAAAGCAGACGCCGCGGAAAGGCAGUAGCACCACCUCGGCUAGCCAGACCAGGUGCAACUGCCCGCACCUGAGGUGCUGCCGGCAGAGUGGUGAGGCCCGGGAAUCGCCGGAGAUUACGGCGGAAUGUAGCCAGGGACCGUACAUCUGCCGUUGGCUGCCCUACACCGAGGAGGACGACGAGUUCCCCGAGCACCGGGUGCCCUUUCCACCCAUGGAGGUGCUGUGUCCUCCAUGUGCCAAGGAUGAUCUGUCCUGCGACUCGGAAUGCACCUGCACCUGCAAAGUGUGCACUUGCCAGCCGGAGUUCGAUGACGGUGCUGCUGAGGAGGAGGCGCAGGCCGAGAAGUUGUCCAAGUUUGGAGUGGAGGACCAGGACACUGACUUCUGCUAUGUGGCUCCAUUCCGUGGAAGCAGUGUCGAGAGGAUGGCCCGGCUGAAGGCAAAGGAAAAGCUUUUGGAGGUCGAGGAGCAGCAAGAGAACGCCGAGGAGGAGGACUUCCAGUGCGGCUGCACCUGCGAACUUAAGCAGCAUGCCUAUCCGCACCUCUUCACCUACUUGACGCCAUUUAGGAUCAAAAAAGAUACGGAGAACAAGCCACAGCCGAAGGUGGAGAAGGCGCCACCGGAGGAGAACAGUGAAAGCGAGGACCUGCUCUCCAAGCCACCGCCUCCUGGCGUAUCCUUAGGCACCUAUCGCUGCUGGGUGAAGCCCCCAUCGAGCAGCCAUUCCAGUGAUGAGGCUAAGCCACCGCUCGUGGUGGUUAUGGGCGAAAAGCCCAAGGGCAAUUUUCAGGUCACGAUCAAGCAACAACAUCAUGCCAAGCGAGCCUCGACUGUUCCGCCAGCAGCUCCACUUCCCAAGGCUCCUGUCCUGCCCAACAAACCAGCUCCUACUCCUGCUCCCUCAAAGCCUCCGCCAGUGCCACAAAAAGCGGAGGAGGACAAGCUUACCAAGGAGGAUAUCCUGGACAUCAUUGGCUUAAGAUUUCGACAGGGAAAUAUCUAAUGAAAACCUAGCGAAUUUAAGUUCGUAGGUCUAAGCGAUGGGAGCUUAAGUAUCUGAAAAUAGAGUGUAC